CAAAGCGGUGAUGGGUCCCUGAAUUAUCCAAUUCCACGUUGGUGAAAUCAAUCUUCUAACAUGGGAACAUCAGGUCGAUCCAUACCAUGUAUAGGCUCUCAACACAAGCCUAAACGUCAGCGUGCCGACACUCAAGCUACCAUCGAAAAAGCGGAACGGGAUCAAGCUCAAAAGGAAUGGGGUCAGCGUAAGUGUGAAUCCAUCAGCCACGCCCUCAAUGAUCCGUCUCGAAAUUCGGAACAUACCGCCAAUCUGGAUCCUAUCAAUCAACAGCAAGAAGCUCCGGAAAUUAUGCACAACGACUUCAAUUAUUCUGGAUUCCCUGAUGAAGAUGAGCGCGAUCAAGAGCUGUUUCAAGAUUUGGGUCAAGAGUCAGAUCAAGAAGAAAUGCACACAUAUGUACGGUAUUUUUCCAGAGAUACUUACAAACAUCAAAAAAUCCAAGAGGACAUACAUUGGAAAUCAACAAUGCAAAGGGUCUUUAUUGCUUUCAUGAAGGCUGUCAAGCAAACAUCCAAUGGCGGUGAUCAUUCACUUUGGGAUCAUAAUUUCAACACUGUCGAGAUCUGCUCAUGUGGACCAAGUCGUAAGCGUACUCGGCUGGUCGACACAGUCGAUUUGUUGUAUCGUAGACAACUCAAAGUCGAGUUCUGCAGCUGCACACCGGAUCAAGUUCGUCUUCUCAAUCAAGGAUACUUUGGGGCAUCCCCAAAAACUCCUGAGACUGCUUUUUCGUUGAGACUCCUUCGGUUGUAUCAUCUUGCUUGGAAAUACUGCCAUUCGAAUAUUCAACCCUUUUCUCUCAUGAUCGACGAAUUUCUCGAUGCAUUCAAUCCUCAGCUGUUAGUGCCUGGAACUUACGAGCCUCGCCUCUGGCGAAAACCCCUUGCGUCAGCUGUAUAUUACUAUCGCCAGAUACUCAAGAUGAUUGAGGAUCUCGAGGCUCAGAGCCUGAAUCUUACCCCAUUGGAGAAACUUGCGUGCAAUUGUCCAAGAUGUUUCGGUCCAGCAGGAUGUUCCCCUAUCAAGAAAGGCCCGCAAUACAUCGUUUGUGUUGAUGAUGAAGUUGCACGUUGGGAACCUCAACAGUCAGGUAAUGGAAGGACUGAAGUCCCUCUGGACCCAUGCACAACUCAACACACAGCUGCAGAAGACCGAAGAGAUGGUUCAAGCUGGCGAGGCAGCGAAGAAACUGGUCUGAUCGGUCUGGCAUGCCGACACGACCACAUGCUCAAGAUAGUCAAUGUGAUCCGAAGUGGUGAAAAGUGAAUUACUCUUUUCAUUUUCAGGUCUCUUAUUGAUUUAAUCUUGUAUACAGAGCAUAUUUUGUGCAUGCCUUGCUGGGAUUUCUCUUCGAAGCGGUCAUGGAAGCUUGUACAGAUACCAACAAAGCGGGUGUGGGUGUUCUGUAUGAUAUAGGAUGUACUAUGGAGAAAGGAGUAAUCAGAGUGAGAAUUUAUUUGCGUAAAUAUCCUUGCCAACUC